GGUUAGGCGUUAUUGAUUUGCCAGGAAUGACGCGAAAUGGCGCAGGAAUCGAUAAGAGGUGGCGUAGUGGGUAGAUGUCCAGGAGGCACCGGGAGGGUAGUCGGGCAAGAGGGCUUGACUGUGCGGGUUGAGGGGUCGCAAAUAUUUUCAUAGCCGAGACUUCCACCGUAGGAAGAAGAUGGCAGCCGAGGCGUGAAUCGAACGCGCUUUCCCGACGAGAGAAAGAGAGCAGAGAGACGGGGACCUCCGUUCGGUGAGAGACUCUCGGUUGGCUCUUGGUGAAAAAUUGGUGAAUCGGACAGUGUUCAAUUAAUAAAUUACGAAUUUUUAGAAAAGCUUACGUCACUAACGAGUCUCGGUGCUUUGAGAAGAUUUCGUGAAAGACGGAAAGAGAUAGAGAGACAGAGGCAGAAGUGUGCUCGAAAUAGAGAGGAGGACCCAGAGAGACAGAAGGAAAGGAGCAAAAGAGGAGCUGACGGUAGAGAGCUACCCGAGAAAAAGACAAAGAGAAAGAGCAUCGAGCAGGAGGAAUUCGCUCAAGAGAACGAAGAAAAGGCAGAGGACGGCAACGUCUAGCCGGGAAUCUAUUUUCUAUGGUGGCUAGGUAGUACACCCCGAUGGGCCUACCUAACAUGAAAAGCUCCGCCAUCAUAGUGUUUCACGAGCGUCAUGUAAAAUGGAAUUGAACAAUGUUGUUAAGACGUAAACAUGUUUUGGGUACACUGUGGACUCUUUGUUCUCGUGAUUGCUGUACCUGGAUUUAUUAGCAGCGCAGACAGCACCGCCAAGCGAGAAGUCGACUAUACUUUAGAUGAGUCCAUGUGGAAUGAGGAAACUCCUGCUGGCGAGGUCGAAAGAUUACUUCGCGAGUAUCGGCAAAACCAGGAGCUAGUGACCAACAUUGGAGGCCAUUACUAUCAGAUUAUCUAUCCGGUGCAGUUGCGGCAUCACGAGAAAAUGGGGAUCUCCACAAGAGAAGCUGGAUUCCCGAAGUUUUCACAAAGCUACGGGGACGGCUAUCAGAGUGCACGAGGAAGAUCAAGAACAGGGAAACAUUUUCAUCGAACGUCCCUCCUCAUCAAGGCCUUUAAUCAUAAAUUUCGUUUAGACUUAGAACUGAAUACGCAACUUUUAGCUCCAAAUUUGAGUCAGAAAGGCUUCCUGCCAAGUGGCGCCGAACAAAUUUCAAAACAGGAAAUCGAGCACUGUUACUAUCACGGCACAGUAAAGGAUUAUCCCGGUGCAAGUGCAGCUUUCCACACGUGCAACGGAGUCAGCGGAGUCAUUCAUUUAGGCAACGAGACCUUUGUGAUCCAUCCUUUUUACGGCGGAGAUCUGUCGCAGAAACAUCCUCACGUUAUAUUUGAGGCUCGAACAAAGGCAAGCAAGGGUUGUGCCAAUAGUCAGUCAAUGGAGUGGCGAUUAAAAAAUCGUCGACAGAAGCACGUUUUGGGUUUUUCCGAAGAGAGUAUUGCCGCUCGUUAUAAACGAGACGUACGCGAAGCCACGAAAUAUAUUGAAACUGCCAUUGUCAUCGACAAGGCCAUGUUCGACAAAAGAAACGGUAGCACCAGAACGGAAGUGAUUCACGAUGCGAUUCAAGUGGCCAACAUCGCUGAUCUGUAUUUUCGCACGCUCAACACCAGAGUGUCGGUGGUCUAUAUCGAAACGUGGCAGGGUGGCAAUCAGGCGGCCAUCGACAGAGACGACAUUGGUCGUGCUUUGCAGAAUUUUAAUGAUUACAGUCAGCGAAAGAUGUUUCAAAUGUCUCAGGAUACAAUUCAAUUGCUCACAGGUGAAAAUUUUAAGGGAGACGAGUCGGGUAUGGCUAUGCCAGAGACUUUGUGCACUCGUCGUUCAGUUGGAAUUAGUGUUGAUCUAAAUACUUACGAACCACAUCUAUUGGCUGGUACAAUGGCACACAUGAUAGGUCACAAUAUUGGCAUGAAUCACGAUGACGGAAGAGGCGAAUGCUGCCGUGAUUGGCACGGUUGCAUUAUGGCCAAAUCCAUCGUCGGAUUGGAAAACGUCCAACCGUAUAAAUUUUCCGAGUGCAGCAAGAACGACUAUACAGACGCGUUAAAGGGUGGUCACGGCCUAUGCCUAUUCAAUAAACCUAAUGAGGUGGAAGUUAGGCGAUCUUGCGGAAACAGGGUAAUUGACGAUGGCGAAGAAUGUGAUUGUGGCACUAUAGAAGAAUGUCAGGUUAUAGAUCCCUGCUGCGAUCCAAUAACUUGCAGACUGGUUUCUGAAGCGGAAUGUGCUACGGGACCCUGUUGUAACGAUUGCAAGUUACGCGUCCACGGUGUUAUCUGUCGCGAGUCUACAAAUGAAUGCGACUUGCCGGAAGUCUGUUCCGGCGAAACCGGGCAAUGUCCGGUAGAUGUUUACAAGAAAAAUGGAAGUCCAUGCUCGAACAACGAAGGAUUCUGUUUCAAUGGUGUCUGUCCAGCACUGGAUUUACAGUGCGAGCAGGUCUGGGGUUACGGCGGUAUUGCUGCUGUCAAGCAAUGCUUUGAAGAGUUCAAUUCUAAAGGAGCCAUCAAUGGCCAUUGCGGUACAGACACAUCGGGACAUUUUAUCAAGUGCGAAACGGAAAAUGUCAAGUGCGGCUCACUUCAAUGUCAAAUGGGAAGCAAGGAACCGGUUAUCAGUGGUGUGAAUCAAGUGAUAUCGAAAACCGUCAUUACCGCAAAGGGACAGGAAUAUGAAUGCAAAACUACAAGUGGAACGGUAGAGGGAUCCGAAAUGCCAGGAAUGGGUUUGGUACGCGAUGGUACCUCAUGUGGUGACAAUCUGAUCUGUGUCAAUCAGACAUGCACCAGUCUCUUUCCACACGUAGACCAAGGAAAGUGUCCGAGCAAUCACAACAACAAUGAGUGCUCGGGAAAUGGGGUGUGCACUAACGCAAAUAAGUGCCAUUGUGAUAUUGGCUGGAGCGGACCUGAUUGUUCUAUACAACAGGAUAUCCCAACAACGGGACCGACAACAUCCAGCACGGCAUUGCCCGGUAAAUCUGACCUAGACAGUAAAAUAGGGAAGAAAAUAACCCCCUACGAGAACUACCACGGCUCAAACACUAUUUUUUUAGUUGGUAUGCUCAUGUCGGUGGUAGGGGGUGUUUUCGUAGUAUUUGCUCUGAUGGCUCUCUGCUACAGGUCAGUCGUAGUACAUAAAAACUUCUCCCUCUGUCUCAGAAAGAAGAGCACUGUGCAGAAAUACGAUGCGCCAUACUCGAAGAAGCCGGCGCAGAAAAGCUACGGCGGGGCUUCCGGAAAUCAUCAUCCGGAAGUCGCCGCUCUCGAUAGCGUCAACAAGAUCUUGACAUUCGGCAGCAUGCCGUCUUACAGCCGCGGCGAGACCCAGCGCGUGCUGUUUCGACCCCUGAAUAACGUCGCCACCGCAGACGGGACACGACUCAAGGAGCACAAACCGCAGAUGAAGAGGAUGGGCGUGGACGAGGAAGACGGAGGUACGGGAGCCGAGGAGGUUGUGUCUUUCAUUGAUCUGCCACCAAACAGUCUGACAAAGUUGCCUGAGAAGGGAAUUUUAAAGAAACACGGUGGUUACGGUAUAGCCGGAGGUACGAUAUCGGAAAUGGAGCGUACCCUGAACAGUCUGAACGGGUACCACGAGAAUAUCAUCGAGGCACUCCGUAAUGCAGCAACGCACCGGGGCUUGGCCUCGACUCCAUCCGGUAGCAGCAAUCUUCUCAGCGAAGAUGCGCUUCAUAAGUCCUUGGUGGAGUGCGGCUAUCCGGAUGUCUACCCCAAGGAUGGCCAGGAUAACACUGAUAAUCAGGACGACGAGGACGAUGAAGACGUGCCACCGUCCUGUGGCCCCAUCCGCAUCAGGAACCUGGAAGACCUCAUAAGGCAGCUAGAGCAUCAUUCCGCGCGUCACAUGAGUCCCAGCGGCUCGGAGGACAUUCGAAUAUCUGAGAUCGAUGGUGAUCGACAUUAUAGAAUAGACUCCUCCGUUUGCAGCGAGUCUUCCCAAGGAAGUCGAAGAUGCAGCCGUGGUCGGGAUGAUGACUCACGAUUCGUCUACGGACGAUAUCGUCAACCAACUGCCCGUAGUCCCUACGGUACUCAUCAACACGCUCAUCAACAUGCUCAUCAGUUGCACGAGGAAGAAGGUAUCUACGAAACUGCCGAUCCUGACAGAGGCUCAACUAAUCGUGGCGAGACGCCCGAUAGCGAAAGUGAUGCAUUUAUUCAAGCUCAACAACAAUUAGCCCGGUGGACGAGUGAAAAUGAAGAGGGCGUGCAGCACAGACCGCCGCAGCAACCGCCACCCGUGACUGCGACGCAGCAGGUGCAGCAGCACCAGCAACGACAGUGCGAACCAUUGUCGCAGCUGCAGCGAGGCUACUAUCCAUCACCGCCUCAUUCCGAAAGCGGCCAGGACUCGCAAACGGAGGCCGCUACUGCUCAAUCCCAGGAACCCGAUAGCCUCGUUGUUGAAAGGAUCAUCGUCGACACGAAUCAUCGUCGCUUGCCUAACGUUCCGAAAAAGAAAAAUCAUCAUGUCCCACUGUUAGACGACAACAACAUUAACAUAGAUUGUACCAUAAUGAGUAAUGGUUCUUCCGAUGGGUUAAUAACAGCUACAACUUCGACGACGACAGAAGCAACAACCAUCAACAACAUCAUCAAGAAUACCAUCGGCGUCAUCACCACUACCACCGCAACAGUCUCAACCAACGACAUCAUCACCUCUUCGACAACCACAAGCAGCAGCAACAACAACACUAGUGAUAAUGAAAAUACUGCCCUACUGCCCCCUUCGCAUUUUCCCGAGUACAAGCAUUGAUAAUUAUUAAUCGAUGACAGAUAGUGUCCGAGCAAGACAUAGUGGUGUGAUUUAAUCUCGAACUCGCAUUUUAUACCGACUAGUGUAAAUAACGAUAUAAACUCUCUAUCGAUGAUUGCGACGACAGAUAUUAUAUUAUAAUGAAUUAUCGAGUAAUCUAUACGAGGAAAACACACAUGUUUAUUAAUAAACAUUAGUAAAAUCAAGACGCCCUUACUUCA